AUGGAGUCCCAGGAUAUUGAAAAGGAAGAUCAAGGUCCGGGGUCACCCUCAUGGGGCCUGCAGAUAGCAUCGUUGCAGCAUAACAUGCAGACCUCACUUCCGCCAGCAACGCAGCAAAUGCCAACUCCACCACAGCAGAACGCGCAGCCUUCGAGGCAGCAGGAACCAGUAUCGCAGCCACCGCCACAGGUGAUGAUCCAGGCACAACCACCAGCGCAAGCUUCAACGCAGCAGCAGGAGCCAGCGAGACAGGCACGAAUGCACCCUCAGACACAAUACCCAGCGCAGCCUCAGCAGCGCGUCUCAGGGUGGCGCUCACUAGUCAAUCUCCCACCGGACGAAGAAGAGCAGCAAUCGCAAACCUCCAGACCUUCAGCACAGAAUCCACACCUGAGCCCAGCCCAGCGCCUGCAACAACAACCACGAAUCCACCUACAACCCACCAACCAACCCGUCAUCAGCGCUCACCAAGCCCUCUACUACCGCCAACGCCGCGAGAUGACGACACAUCGCCCCAUGGAACAUCACAGACGAUACCGCUCCCCGCCCCGCCGACCUAUAAACCCCCAGACCGAAUCACGGAGACUCUGGAUCGUGGCCCCUCAGAACCAUCCCACUCCACCAGAGAUCAGUCCUCAGCCUAGUGCGCUGCAGAGGCGCGAUUCCGGUAUGACGCUGCGUCAACGCGUCGAGGCGCUCGAGCGGGGGAAGGAUGACAAUGAAAGUGACGAGGGGGAUGUUCUUGAUGAGAACGUGAUGGAGGAUCUUGGGGGUGGAUAUCGAGUGCGACAGGCUCAAGCUCUCGCUGACGGGACGUUGAGGAAUGUGCGGAUCCAGUAUGGGAGGGAGAGUCAUAGCUGGUUAUGUGGUGUUUGCGAUACGAUGGUGGAUUCGACGCAGGAGUCGCAUCGGGCGACGUGUUGGGUUGCGUGGGGUUAUGAUGUUGCUAGGCCGUCACGUGGAGGAAUGUAG